AUGUAUAAUUGGAAAAAUAAACCCCCGCCAGCGAUUAUCUGGGUCAAAGGUAUGAAACUUGGGCCCGGCGCACCGCAUAGCCCGGAUUUCCAGUCAAGAAUUGACCAAUCGGAGAGGUCUACAGGCGAGGGGACUAUAGAAAAUCCAAUGGUAGUAUGGCCCUAUCCCGCACGGCCUGAGGACAAACCCAUUGAGCAAAUCCUAGCAAUGGAGGCUGUUAUUAGGCAAGAGACAAAAGAAUGCGGCUUAAGUCAUGUAUGGAUAGCGGCUGAUGGUCAUCCUUACAGUACAACAGCGACAAGAGGUGGUAUACGAGUUGCAUCACUCGAUGAUUAUCACGUUACUAUACGAAUGGGGUCGUCAAGUACUAUUUGCAACUUACAUGGCCACUUGUAUCUAGUUUGCGAAGAUGAUGAUAUAAGGAAGAAAGUAACCCGUGUGAUGACAGAAAAAGAAAGGGGCAUAAAGAAUGCUUUACCAUUCAACAACCAAAACUACCACACAUUUAAAAUGCUCGCCUCAAUCUCAAUCCUCUCCCUCCUCGCUCUCGCCAACGCCAACCCUGUCCCGCGCUCGGCCCCUCGCAUCAUCAAGGGCAACGCCUACCAACUCCAAGUACAACUCCGGGACCCACUCAAGGAUUUGAGCCCCGGUGUCUCGGGUCAAUACCUAGCGGGGUCGCACGUUGGCGCGGGACUUAACAUCGCCAUUGUCUCCCCGCACGAGGACAGCGGCAACUACCCGCCGUUCUACAGCAACGGCACGGCGGAACAGGGCUGGACAUCAGUAGUCAACGACCUGGGUACCAUCUACCCGUGGGGCGUUAACGUGCAGGAUGCCGAGUCCACGGAUGCCACGUACCCCGGCGAGCACGACGCGGAUAUCAAUGUCGGGGGUGGAUCUAACGGUAUCGUGCUCACCAAGAUAACGAUCGAUUCGGGUAUUACGGAACCCGCGCUCGGCGGUCUGGCUGCUGGUUACUAUGCCGUCUGCAAUCGUUUCAUUGGUUACUCGAGGGCCAACAUGACCGUUGUCCGAUACGUGUACGAAGGCGAGGAUCUAGCUGAUGGCUGUGUUGGUGUUAACUUCGUGCCGCUGUGCGCGACUUUGAACGACUUGCCCGAAGGCAAUGAGUGGACUCAUGACUUCGUCCAGGAGGUUGACUGCGUUGAGAUUUAA